AUGGCUCCAUUACUGCCCUCUGAAAGUACGGCCUAUUCAGUAACACUCCCUGAACGGUCUGAAGAUGAUCGUUUAAAUUUAAAUGUGAGAACUGGUGCUGCUUCAACUUUCACAAAAUCAACUGUUGUAGUACAUGGUGGACUUACUACAGGAUUACAACUAUCAUCUAUCACCAUUCCAGAAAUUGAAUUGAAAUUGGAAGAGCUAGAAGAAAAUGAUUGGAAUAAAUUAUUAUCAAAUGAAAUUUUUUAUUUAAAUAUUAUAACAAGAAAGUGGGUUAGACUUGAUACUGAUGAUACAAAACAACGUCCAAAACCAAGAUUAUUCCACUCAAUUGCUUUCCAUAAAAACUCGUUAUUCUUAUUCGGUGGAUUAGUUUAUGAUGAAGGAGAGAAUCAACUAGUCCCAACCAAUGAUUUAUGGGAAUUUAAUACUGACCUGAAACAAUGGAAUUGUAUUGAUAAUGGUUCUCGUUCAGGUGCUGUGAAUAGAUAUGAUUUGACUUUAUUGAAUACAGAAUAUAUCUCACCAGAAGACCAUCAGCCACAUGAUGCAUUGAUCAUUGCUGGUGGUAGAAGUGACUUGAAUCAAGAAUUGAACCAUAUUACAGUUUAUGACUUGGAACAAAAAAAAUACGUUAACAACUCUGAAAUGGACCUUAAUCUUAAUGAAUUGAAACCAGAAAGAAGGAUUAGUGAUAAUACUGAAGUUGACCCAAGAAUCCUUAAAGAUAGUGAUAAAACCAAAAUAACAGCUACAACUGAGCAUAAUUUUAUCAUUUCAGGUACAACUAAUAUAGAAAAUAAUAAUUCCACUGCAGCAGAUGACAGUCUAUUUAUUUAUUCCUCAAAUUAUCCACAUAGUUUUUCGAAUCCUUUGGUUUCAUUACCAAUAUCACCAAGUGGUUCAGGUAUAAGAUCAGAUUUACAUCACACCAUCAAACAUAAUUCAAAUGCAGUCCCUUGUGAUUUGAGAUAUCCAUCUGGUGGUAUUUUUGGAUCAAAUAUCUUGGUAUCUGGUAAUAGUAUUGAAAAAAAUGAGUAUCAAGUUUUCUCAUAUAAUAGACCUUCUAAAAAAUGGACAAAAUUGAGUAUUGAUUCUAAAAAGAAAGCUACUGAAAUUUAUUUAUGGAAAUGUUUUGCAUGGCCAUCACAUCAUAAAGUUUUAUUACUAGGCUCUGGUAUAAUUCCAAAAGAUCUUGUCCAUCCUACUGUUCAAUAUUUCGAUUUGAUGGUUACUGUUGGUUUACCAAUCACAAAUAUUUAUCAUGCAUCUGCUGUCCCACAAAUUGAAAAUAGAAGAUCUACGGGUCCAAAAUCUACAUCAACAAUGAAAGAAAAUACAUCAUUUGAAGCUUAUUCCAAAUAUGCAGCACCAAGUACAAAAAUAUCUUCUAUUAGAUCUGUUUUUCCAAAUUAUGCUGUUGCUUUAGGAAGAAACGCGUUUGAACGUUAUGGUGCUUCAUUAGCAGAUUUUGAAUUCAUUAGUGCUGAUGGUGAAAAAAUCAAUGUACCAAUCAUGUUAUUGAGAAAAAGAUGGGGUAGAUGCUUUGAUAUGUUAUUAGCUAAAGCAUACGCAAGAGCUGUUUAUAAACUUGAAAAUCAACAACAAGAAAACAGUGAAGGUAAUUCAAGUGAUACAAACUCAAUGAAUUCAGGAUCAGUAGGAGCUACUGCAAAUAAAAAAUCAAUGAUGGUAUUCAAUAAAGGAACAGGAAACACAAGAGAUGAUAGAGAUGUACCUAAGUUUAGAACUCCAUUUCAAGAUGCGAGAUCAACACCACCAGCUUCAGCUCAACAAAGUUUGGCUCCUAACUCAAGAAAGGCAUCAGUUGUCUCUGCUACAAGUAAUUUAUCUACAAGAACAGAUUCAACAGAUAAUAAUUCAUUUACUCCAAAUUUGAACUUCUCUAAUUUACCUCCACAACCUCCAAUUCCCAAUGAACCUUUACCAGCUUUCGAGAAAACACCAAGAAGUUCCAAUGCACCAACCCCAUUGACACCUUUGAACAGAAAUCCAAGUGGAAGUCCAUUUACAAACUCACCAAGAGGUUCAGUUUCAGGUCCUACAGGAGCUGGUUCAGCUCCACCUCCCUUGGCAGCUUCAACAAGUCGUACUAAGUUGAAAGAUGAAGUUAAGACACCAUUACAGAACUUUAAGAAAAGAGAUAACUCAAGAUCUUCUAGUGUUUAUACUACAGGUCGUGGGGAUGAUACUUCUUCAAUCGCAGAUACUUUUGAAUCUUUGAAUAUUGAUUCUGGAGAUGAUAGUAAGCUCUUACUAGAACCAUUAUUGAUUCCAAGAUCAUUAUAUUUACCAUUUGCUACAAGUACUGUUCAAGCUGUCGCUGAAUUUUUAUUCACGGGUCAAUUAGGUGAUAAAUGGUUGUUUCAACCAACUACACUAGAUUCUAUGUUGAUUGCUAAAUUUUAUGAAAUUCCAUUAUUGUAUGAUCUGAUCUCAGAAGUUUUAUAUGCCACAAUUGGUAAAAAGGAAGAAUCAUUGAUUAAAGAAUAUGGUGCAUUCGUUACUGAUUAUCAAAAUAAAUUGAAAUCCAUUUUUAGAGAAAAUGAUUUUAAAAUGAAUACCUUUUUUGAAGAACAUCCACAUGUGAGAAAGAUUUUUGUUGAAAUUGAAAGUUAUUUGAACACUGUUGAUGAUGGUUAUCUAAAUGUUACACUUCUUAGAAAAGCAAGUAAGGCUUCAACUGUAUCUGUCGAUAGAGAAUCUGAUAUUUUCAAAAACCCAGAAACAGGUAAAAGAAGAUCUUCAAUUAGAUCAAGAGCUGGUAAAUCAAGUUUGUCUAAAGAAGUCAAUGUUGAUAAUGAAGAUGACGAUAUUGAAAAUGAAGAUGAAAAUGAAGAUGAUGAGGAAGCUCAACAACAACACUCAUUAUUAGGUAAAGUCAAUAGCAGAAUUAGUGAAAAGAUCAAAUUCAAUGAAGACUCAAUGUCAAGUAAAAGUGCUAAGAAGGUUUCAUCCAAUUCUGAUGAUUAUGAUGAUGUUGAUCCAAUUACGCCAUUGAACAAGAACAAAGAUCAAUCUUCUUCAAGUAAUGAACAGUUCAACCCUAAAGUUUCACAAGAAUCAAAACGUUCAGAAAUAUAUACUGAUGCUAAUUCUUCACCAUUAAAAGAAGCUAAGGAUAAUGAUUCUUCUCACAAAGUUACUGAUGAUGAAAGCAUUGAUCCAUUAACCAAAAUGGAAAGCCGUGCCACCCAUGAAUCACACUUAUCGUCAGGUAACAAAACUGAAUCAGAUAAUGAAGCUGCAAUUCAAGUUCCUGAAGGUCGUUUCCGCAUCAAAAAGAAUGAUCUUAAUAGAGUAAAGACCAAUGGUUCGACCUCAAGUGAUAAUGAUCAUAAACAAUCAAGUGAUAGUGAAGAUGUUGGUGUUGGUUUAGGUUUAUUAGAUGGUGCUCAAUUAAACGAGACUGCUCAAACUCCAAAACCUGCUAAUGGGGAAUUCAUUGAUGCAUUGCCAGAAUCAAGCUUACCGACUUUGGAGUUUAUUGCAUCGCCAGAUUCACCUGCUCCUACUGAUCAAUUAAUUCAAGUUAUCUAUGAAGUUAGUGCUUUGGCAUGUGAUAUCAAGUUGUUAUUACGUGCUGCUAAUGCAUUGGAAAUGUCAAAAGCGUUUUAUGGUAGAAAAACUGAACUUUUGAGUGAAUUGAAUGAAUUCAGUUUGAAGCAUGAGGAAGCUAGGUUACAAGAAGAACUUGCACAAAGGGAGCUAGAGAAGAAGGAACGUAAAUUGAGAGAAGAAGAAUCAGCUGCUAAACAAAGAGAAAUUGAUGCUGCAGUCGCUAAAAUUGAAGUUGAAAAGAAGAGAUUACAACAAGCCAAAGCUGAAGAAGCCAAAGCUCGUGAGAAAGAAGCUGAAAUAGAGAGACAACAACAAAGAAUCAAAAGAGCUGAAAGCACAAGUAAUUUACAAGGAAGAUCCUCCAGGCAGCAAAGUGUUGAGAAUGAUGAAGAAUCAGUUACAUCUGGAAGAUCCAAAGGUGGCUUAAGAUCUGCUUUCCAUUCAUUCAGAUCUUUUUCAAGUAUUAGUUUGACAAAUUUGAAUAAUAAAAGACCAUCACCAUCACCAUCUGCUGGUACAUCAGAUGCGAAUAAUUCCCAAUUUUCCCAACCACCAAGAUCACAAUCAAGCAAUACAACAAGCCAAAGUAAACCUGGAAGCACAUCUUCAGACUCUUCAAGUAAAUACAAGAGCAUCUUUUCAGCUAUUUUACCAAAGAGAUCACAUACAUCAAAACAAUAA